CUUUGAACUCCUUGGCUCUCCCCGGACCCGCCGAGUGCUUCGGACGAGAAGCUGCGAGGCUGUGCAACCGGAGACGCUCUUCCCCCCCAGAGGACAGUCGCACUGCAGCGAGGAGCCAAGUGGACACUUUUCAACAAGAUGCUGCCGGAAAGACUCGGACAUGCCCUGAUUGUCCUGCUCCUGGGUGUAGUUUGUCACCUCUCUCUUGCCCUUCCCACCCCGACUCCAUCUGCGUACGACCACGUUCCUUCUCUCCAAGUCAACAUUCCCCACUCGGGUGUCCUUAUGGCGCAGCUGGGCAGAUCCAUCGUCCUGCCCUGCUUGGCGUCCUCCACGCCUGGCAUGCUGCCGCGGGUGAAAUGGACGCUGGUGUCCGAGGUGCUGGAGACACAAAUCUUGGUGGCGCGGGGCGACAGGGUGAAAGUAAACGAGGCGUACCGAGGUCGUGUGGAUUUGCUCAGCAACUCCUCCUCCCCCGGGGACGUGUCGCUGCGGAUGCUGGGUGUACGCUCCAGCGACUCGGGUCACUAUCGAUGUGAGGUGCAGCAGGGCCUGGAGGACGCCAGCGAUCUUGUCCAACUCAAGGUCAAAGGUGUCGUGUUCCACUACCGGGACGCCAUGGGUCGAUAUUCCCUUUCAUUCCACCGGGCCCGGGCGGCUUGCCAGGCCAUCGGGGCCCAAAUUGCAAGCGGGAGCCAGCUGCAGGCGGCUUACUUUGACGGCUAUGAGCAGUGUGACGCGGGCUGGAUGGAAGACCAGACCGUCAGGUACCCUAUCCAAAACCCUCGUGAAGCCUGCUACGGGGACAUGGACGGCCAACCCGGUGUGAGGAACUACGGGCGAAUGAACGCAGAGGAUGGAUAUGACGUGUACUGUUAUGUGGAACAAAUGGAUGGGGAGGUGUUCCAUCACCCCGUCCCCCAGCAGCUGUCCUUCCAGGGGGCGCGGUCGUACUGCCGAGCCGCAGGAGCCCAGCUGGCCUCCACGGCACAGCUGUACAUGGCGUGGAGUGAAGGUCUGGACCACUGCAGCCCCGGCUGGCUGUCGGACGGCAGCGUGCGCUACCCCAUCAGGACCCCAAGAGAGCGAUGUGGAGGCUCCGAGGCCGGCAUCAAGACCCUGUAUCGCUUCAGCAACCAGACUGUCUUCCCAGAACCUUCCAGCCUUUUUGAUGCGUAUUGUUUUAAAGCUACGAAUGAGAGAAGGGAUUCCACCGUGGACAUCACCACCCCCGAGCCUGGGAGCCUGGACCAAGACGUUGUCAUUCUACGGCUGGAAGACAAAGAACUGCAGCUCAGCCAAAACUCGGAGCAAGUAGAACGAGAGGUUCAGAGCGUGCUUGAAACCAUCCCCCUCUUCCCUCCCGCUAAAGAAAAUGAAGUCGACGAGCAUCCCAGGUUUCUGUCUGACACGGCAGAGAACCCCUUGAACACCACAGCCAAUGUAGACCUCACUUCACCUUCUCCAGAAACAAACUAUGGUUCCCAGCGUACUGCAGGACUCGGUACAGAUCCAUACAACUUUACUGAAGUCCUAAGCUCACAAAGGUUCCCCGAGUCUAAUGACACCCAUCCUCCGGAUCUGACAGAAACCGAAACCAUCACCAAAGAGAGCUCAGAGCCGUUAGCCAGGGCAAAGCCAGUCCCGGAAACCAACUUAGCUUUUCACAGCACCGAGGUGUACCAGACUCCAGAGGAGAUCCUGGAAGCUCCCCCCGUCACUUUAGACCCCGCGCAUGCGGUGGAGCAAGUGGAGAAAGAGGAACCUGCAGUACAAACCACUGAACCCCCUGCAGAUCUGACAUCAUCGUGGAUCCCGAUGAGUGGAUCUGGGGAUACUUCUCAAGAAAAUCACCAGGAAGUCACAGUCUUCAAGUUCAUUCCGAAGUCCACCACCCAGCGGACACCUCCUGCGUCAACUGGCAGUUCUCCUCCAGAGUUGUUCACACGUGUCCCACACCCAACCACCGCAUCUAGAUCCAAGCAUUUGCACAGUCUUGCCUCGGAUCAUCUCCUAGCGGAGGGAAGCACAAGCCUGGAAUGGGAAGACACCUUAGAUAGCUUUGAACGGCAGCUUCUUCCCACCAGGACCAUCCCUUUUACAGCAAGCUCUCCUACCACCGAAGCUCCGGAGAGGCCUCCUGACUUCAUCACAGCGCUCUACCAGCCGUCAGGUCACAUGUCCACGGCCAGUUAUGAGGAGGCAAGCGGACUUGAGCCUGACGUAGCUUUGGCACGGACUAACGAGCAUAUCGAGGAGGACACUGGUGAGGAAGCUACAGAGAAUGCGACCAUUCAAGAAGUUAAGGUUGUCCCAAUGUUUGCACAGAGACCCAACAAAGCUUUUGGUAAGGAAGAAGAAGGAAUUAGGGUCACCUUACACCCCCAAGAAGUAACACCACACUCUGAAUGGGAGCCAAAUGCAUCUACUGCAACGUUAACAUUUGAAGACGGUGAUGGUCCAGGAAACCCAAAAGAAGUAGCUGCAACAACACCGAUACUUGACAUGGACACCCAAGAUAUGCUAACCCCCAAAGAAGGAAGCGAAAUGACCCCAAUAUUCAAAGAGCAGGCUAAGGCUAAGGCUAAUGCUAAUGCUACACUUUCAUUUAAAGAAGCUGCACGCACUUUAAACCCAAAAGAAGAAACUGUAACACCUGUACUUCAACAGCAGGCUAAAACUACGCUAACACCUGAAGAAGGAUCUGAUGUUACGCCUAUAUUCCAAGAGGAGACCAAAGCUAUUCUGAAUUUUCAAACGGUAUAUAAAGUAACACAAAGAUAUGAAGAGGAGGCUAACGUGUCUGCUAACUCUGAAGAGGUAGCUACCACAACACUAGCAUAUGAAGAGGAAGAUAAAGCUAUGCUAAACCUUGCUAAAGUAACACAAAGAUAUGAAGAGGAGGCUAACGUGUCUGCUAACUCUGAAGAGGUAGCUACCACAACACCAGCAUAUGAAGAAGAUAAAGCUAUGCUAAAGCUUGCUAAAGUUACACAAAGAUAUGAAGAGGAGGCUAACGUUUCUGCUAAUUUUGAAGAAGUAGCUACCACAACACCAGCAUAUGAAGAAGAACAUAAAGCUAUGCCAACUCUUCCUAAAGUAACACAAAGAUAUGAAGAGGAGGCUAACGUUUCUGCUAACUCUGAAGAAGUAGCUACCACAACACUAGCAUAUGAAGAGGAAGAUAAAGCUAUGCUAAACCUUGCUAAAGUAACACAAAGAUAUGAAGAGGAGGCUAACGUUUCUGCUAACGUUGAAGUAGCUAGCAGAACACCAGCAUAUGAAGAAGAUAAAGCUAUGCUAAACUUUGCUAAAGUUACACAAAGAUAUGAAGAGGAGGCUAACGUUUCUGCUAAUGUUGAAGUAGCUACCAGAACACCAGCAUAUGAAGAAGAUAAAGCUAUGCUAAACUUUGCUAAAGUUACACAAAGAUAUGAAGAGGAGGCUAACGUUUCUGCUAAAGUUGAAGUAGCUAGCAGAACACCAGCGUAUGAAGAGGAAGAUAAAGCUAUGCUAAACCUUCCUAAGGUAACACAAAGAUAUGACGACGAGGCUAACGUUUCUGCUAACUCUAAAGAAGACGCUAGCAGAACACCAGCAUAUGAAGAAGAACAUAAAGCUAUGCUAAACCUUGCUAAAGUUACACAAAGAUAUGAAAAGGAGGCUAACGUUGAAGUAGCUAGCAGAACACCAGUGUAUGAAGAGGAAGAUAAAGCUAUGCUAAACCUUCCUAAGGUAACACAGAGAUAUGAAGAGGAGGCUAACGUUUCUGCUAAAGUUGAAGAAGUAGCUACCACAACACCAGCGUAUGAAGAAGAUAAAGCUAUGCUAAACCUUGCUAAAGUAACACAAAGAUAUGAAGAGGAGGCUAACAUUUCUGCUAAUGUUGAAGUAGCUACCACAACACCAGCGUAUGAAGAAGAUAAAGCUAUGCUAAACCUUGAUAAAGUAACACAGAGAUAUGAAGAGGAGGCUAACGUUUCUGCUAACUCUGAAGCAGUAGAUAGCACAACAUCAUCUUAUGAAGAGGAGACCACAGUAGUUUCUGAAGAAGAUGCUAAACUCUCCCCAGUCUUGAGACAUUUUGUUACUGGUCCCUUUGAAGAGGAAGAACUCCCCCGCUCGGAGGAGGGGGCUAGCGUCACCCCCACAUUUAGCGAGGUGACGAGCCCAGACGAUGACACUUCCACCGGGCCGGACUUUGACGAGGACAUUACCGUCUUUCCUCUCAAUUCCAAAUCCUCAAGCUGGGCUCUGCUGACCACCACAAGCGGACCCCAAGAGUCUCUUAAGGAUCUGGAAAUCAGCACCAGAUCCUCAGCCGGCUCUUCCACGUCACUUCCACCGUCACCCUCCGUUACAGAGGCCACCAAGAUGGCCGCCAUCAGGACAACGACACGGUGGUCCAGACGCACUUGGAGCCCGACCACGUCUGUGCCCAAAGUCCUCCACGGGACAUGGCAGCCUCACAAGGUGACAAGGAUGGACGGUGGCGUUAGCCCCACCCAGGCUCCCACCCACCAUGUUUUGGCCAAUGAGAGGGCAGCUGUGGGCGGUAAAGUAAGAAUAGCAGACGCUUGCCUCCAUGACCCCUGCCUCAACGGGGGUACCUGCAUGGAACGGGACGGCCGGACGGGGUGCCUGUGUUUGCCGACCUAUGGAGGAGACCUCUGCGACAAGGACCUGGAGCGCUGCGAGCCGGGCUGGGACAAGUUUCACGGCUUCUGCUACCGACACUUUGGCCAGCGUCUGAGCUGGGAGGUGGCCGAGCAGCACUGCCGCAUGCAGGGGGCGCAUCUGGUCUCCAUCAUGACGCCCGAGGAGCAGGCCUACAUCAACAAUAACUACAAAGAAUACCAGUGGACCGGCUUGAACGAUAAGACCAUUGAGAAGGACUUCCGCUGGUCUGAUGGCAACCCUUUGUUGUAUGAGAACUGGUACAGAGGGCAGCCUGACAGCUACUUCCUGUCCGGGGAAGACUGCGUGGUGAUGGUGUGGCACGACGACGGCCGCUGGAGCGACGUUCCCUGCAACUACCACCUGGCCUACACCUGCAAGAAAGGCACCUCCUCAUGCGGCCCCCCACCUAAGGUCCGGAACGCAUCCACGUUUGGAAAGCCUCGCCAGCGCUACGAGACGGAUGCCGUCGUUCGUUACCACUGCUCUCGGGGCUUCCAGCAGAGACUGAACCCUCUGGUCAGGUGUCUCUCUGGGGGCAGGUGGGAGACGCCCCAAGUUCAGUGCAUCCCGGAGCAUGGAGGUCUGAACCCGGACACGGACCUGGCAUCGUCGACCGAUGGCAGUUUAGCCGCCCUUCAAGACGGAUUUGAACCCACCACACAGCCGCCACUUUACUGGGACAUCAAGUUUUAAAACUCCCCUACCGUCUGCUCUUUUACCUUGACAAGGUGAAAAAUAGCCCUUUACCCAUUCUCUCAUUCUCUCAUUCUCUCAUGUGUCAAAGCCUUCGGGUUAUGUUUUGUGGCUGAAUGGUGGUCACGUCUUCAUUAUCAUCCAUCCAAUCUGCUCACGUCUUCAUUAUCAUCCAUCCCAGCUGCUCACGUCUUCAUUAUCAUCCAUCCAAUCUGCUCACGUCUUCAUUAUCAUCCAUCCGAUCUGCUCACGUCUUCAUUAUCAUCCAUCCGAUCUGCUCACGUCUUCAUUAUCAUCCAUCCGAUCUGCUCACGUCUUCAUUAUCAUCCAUCCAAUCUGCUCACGUCUUCAUUAUCAUCCAUCCAAUCUGCUCACGUCUUCAUUAUCAUCCAUCCAAUCUGCUCACGUCUUCAUUAUCAUCCAUCCCAGCUGCUCACGUCUUCAUUAUCAUCCAUCCAAUCUGCUCACGUCUUCAUUAUCAUCCAUCCAAUCUGCUCACGUCUUCAUUAUCAUCCAUCCCAGCUGCUCACGUCUUCAUUAUCAUCCAUCCAAUCUGCUCACGUCUUCAUUAUCAUCCAUCCCAGCUGCUCACGUCUUCAUUAUCAUCCAUCCCAGCUGCUCACGUCUUCAUUAUCAUCCAUCCCAGCUGCUCACGUCUUCAUUAUCAUCCAUCCAAUCUGCUCACGUCUUCAUUAUCAUCCAUCCCAGCUGCUCACGUCUUCAUUAUCAUCCAUCCAAUCUGCUCACGUCUUCAUUAUCAUCCAUCCCAGCUGCUCACGUCUUCAUUAUCAUCCAUCCAAUCUGCUCACGUCUUCAUUAUCAUCCAUCCCAGCUGCUCACGUAACAUUCCCGCUUUCCCUCCAAAAGAACCUGCACGUGUUCCACAAAUGUGCAGAGGAGGUUUUGUUGGUCAGCUUUAUGUUGUAAUAAAGUUUUGUAG